UCCAGUCCCAGACACAAAAAGGGCAACAGCAAAGUAGUUGAAAAUAGAAAAUAUAAAUAAAGGAGGAGUAAAAUGUUCAAGUGGUUUAUCCUAGUGUGUGUCCUGGCACUGGCCAGUGCCGAGCUGCAGAAGAUCAAGAUACACCGCAGCGAGCACAAGAGGGAUCGUCAUCAUGUGAGGCAGGAGGUGCGCUCGCUGAGGCACAAGUACCAGCAGCUCAUCGAGAACUAUGUGAUCUACGACUAUGGACAGCCCGACUACGGGAAUGACUAUCCGUCGAACAGCGAACCGGACACGGAGUACACCUCCGAGGGGCUGGGCAACUCGAUGAACAUGUACUACUACGGACAGAUCAGCAUCGGCACUCCGCCGCAGACAUUCAAUGUUGUGUUUGACACUGGCUCCGCCAACCUGUGGAUACCCUCGGCACAGUGCCUCGCCACGGAUGUGGCCUGCCAGCAGCACAAUCAGUACAAUGCCAGUGCAUCGAGCACGUAUGUGGCCAACAGCCAGAACUUCUCGAUUCAGUACGGCACUGGCAGUGUGACCGGAUAUCUGGCCACGGACACGGUGACCAUCAAUGGAUUGGCCAUUGCCAAUCAGACGUUCGGCGAGGCCGUCUCGCAGCCGGGCAGCAGCUUCACGGGCGUGGCAUUCGAUGGCAUUCUGGGCAUGGGAUACCAAACGAUAGCCGUGGACUCUGUGGUGCCGCCGUUCUACAAUCUGUACGAGCAGGGACUGAUCGAUGAGCCCACCUUUGGCUUCUAUCUGGCCAGGAAUGGCACAGCCGAGGAGGGUGGCCAGCUGGUGCUCGGCGGCGUCGAUGACACACUGAUGGCUGGCAAUCUCACCUAUGUCCCAGUCUCCCAGGAGGGUUACUGGCAGUUUGCGGUGAACAGCAUCAGCUGGAACGGCACUGUGUUGUGUGAUGGCUGCCAGGCCAUUGCCGAUACGGGCACCUCCCUCCUCGCCGUACCCCAGGCUGUCUAUACGCAGAUAAAUCAGCUCAUUGGAGGCGCUCUCAUCGAGGGCAGCUACUACGUUCCCUGCGCCACAUUGGACUCUCUGCCGGUGUUGAGCUUCAACAUUGGAGGCACCACCUUCGAUCUGCCCGCCUCUGUGUACAUCAGCGUCUUCCACGAUGAAGGCUAUACCACCUGCAUGUCCACCCUCACCGAGAUUGGCACCGACUUCUGGAUCCUGGGCGAUGUCUUCCUGGGCCAGUACUAUACCCAAUUCGAUUUUGGCCAAAAUCGCGUGGGUUUCGCUCCUUUGAGCAACUAGUUUCUGCUUCGAAAAGUGUUCAAGAAUGUUGUAAUAAAUGCUGGCAAUGCCGCGUUAAAUUCUUCA